UCUCUAGAUUUCAAUUUUUCUCUCAUCCCAUUUCGCUGCAAAUUCAAUAUUAUCCUACGCGUUUCGAAUUACCAUUUCUAUAUAUACCCUUGUUCCUCGAAUACUUUAUAUUGUCAAUUUUGCUCCCGGUAUGAUGGCUCCUAGGGGGACUCGAUCGGUGAGCUUCGCGGCUAUCUGCCUCGUUCUGAUCGCGGUUCCUUUUCCGUCAUCGGAAGGAUUGAUCUCUGCUCAUAGUGCUAACCGUCCUUAUCCCAAAGUCAUACAUGAUUUGAAGGAAGCAAUUGUGAAGGGGUUAGGAUUCAAGGAGGAGGAUUUCGAGAUAUCUGGUUUUGACUGGAGAGACGUUUUGGUUGGAAGAUCGGUGGCUUAUGAGUUUGAUGUUGAGAUUGAUGAUAAAGUUCUUCCCUUGAAGCUUCUGGAGGAUGUGAAUAGAUGGGAAUAUGUGGAUUUGCCCAUUUUCCGGGUACAGAAUCCGGCAGAGGAAAACGGGCUGGUUGAGAAGAACAAGUUAGAGAAGGAGACGCCUGUGUUAGCUCCUUUCACUCUUGCAGGCCCAAUGGAACUCUGGGUCCAGGAUGCUAAGAACAUGAGGCUUUCGCUGCCUUUACAAGGUAUCUUGAUGACCUGUUACUUGCCUUGCUGAUUGGGUUUUUGGGUUCUGAAAAAUUUAUGCAGCAUGAUGUGGAUGCUGGUACGGUGAAGAAAGUUGUGUUAGCAGAUGGUGCUAUGGUCACCGUUAAGGGUGCCAGAUCUGUUAGUCUCCGCCACCCAGUCAUGCUUCCGCUUCCAUUUAACAGAUCCCAUAACGGCUUUGCUUCCGGUCUGUUAACUCUGGCAGAUCACCUGCGCCGAGUCAUUAGCAUGAAAGGUGGUCCGAUACUAUCUCUUCGCAUUGUGGGGCCAACUUCUCUCACGUCACCUACUCCAUCAUCCUCUUCAUCAAACAGGCUUAAACUUAAGCGUCUUGCACCCGGCCUGGUGGAGCUAUCAUCUGUGCCUAAAAUCAAAGCGAUCUCCGCCACAGUUGAUCUCCAGGGAGAGGCCACAACUGCCCUCCUAACACCCACCCGAUUCACUACCAUGUGGCCAUUGGUCUCCAUCAAUGGCUCCAACCCUCACUUGAUUGGUUUUGAGUCAUUGCUUUCUUCUGUGCUGGGUCCCAAGGCAAAUGCAAAGGGUUCUUUUAAGUUGCUAAAGGCAGACAUAUCGGCUCAGACGUUCGUGAAGAUGGGUUUCGCGUUGGAGAAGAAGUUGAAGGUGGGGGAUGCGUUUGGUUUAGAGAGUUUCCCGAAGUGGAUGACGAGGCCGGAGACAGUGAGGAUGCAUUUUGAAGUGUUGGCUAAGGUGGACGGAGACAAGGUCGUGCCGGAGAGAGUGGUACAGGUUGAGCCUGUAAGUCUUGAUAACACUGUUGCACCAAAUAUGCUUUCAGGCAAUGUGACCAUGUCUACCACCCCCAUUGUCCAUCCACCACAAAUCCCAUUCACAUUAUGAAUAAUGAAUAAAUACCUGGCUCAGUUUAAGCUGAAAUUCCACUACACCCAUUGGGUGUCACACACGCCGUUUACUGUUACGAUUGUAUAGAUAGAUAAAAUCUUGUUUUUUUGCAUGCCCUCAUUCACAAUCUCGCACAAACUUACGGUUUAUCUCCAUCAUAUAUACAACAGACCUUUGUAAUGUGUAUAUUAUUCUAAAUCUGACAGAUAAACUUGUUUUUACUUAAUGAUGACCCAUUUUGUUUAACGCAAAUGGUG